GAUGAAGAGAGGCAAAAAAAAAAAAAAAAAAACCAAGAACAUUAGCAAAUGUGGUUCAGAGAAAGACUGACAGGGAUAAGCAGCAGAGAGAAAUCAAGACCUAGUGAGUGCUUAAAGAAGGACACUAAAGACAGCAAGAGUAGGAGGAGGAAGAAAAGGAAAAACUGAACCCGUACAGAGAGACUUGUGACAGGGAGGCAAGAGAGGCCAAGAUCUUCAUGGGACUUCAGUGGUGCCUCUGCCCUCUCCUUUGAGCCUCCGGAGUCCCAGGACCUUUUCCCUGACCCCAAACAAACCCGAAUUGCCCCCACUCCUGUCUUAUCAACAAGGGUAAUUCUUCGUCCCCACCUCCUGCAGUGACUUGCAGGAUCCCCAAGAGGACUGUGCUCUGGGAAAGCAGCCACAGAGGGCACCUCGGGGAGUCUGCUGCCUAGUCCGUACUGCCAGGGCACGCGGCGUCGAGGAUUGCUAAUCGCCGGGACAGACUGGCACAGUGCCUCUGAUCCCAACGCCCCCGCUCCAGCCGGGGCCGGGCCGGGCCUGGGAGAGGCCCACGACGACCGCACCGCCUCCACCACCCGCUGACAGGGAGCUAAGAGGCGCUGUCCUCAGGGAAUCGCAUCACUCCGGCCCAGCUGUGGGUGAGGCCGGGUCAGGAUGCCCGAAUCGCUGGAGGAAAAGGGGAAGCCCGACCAAAGGCCUGAAGAGAAGAAAAGGCGAAGACCACGGACGGAGGUGAAGGCCCAGCCGAGGUAGACUUCCAGAGCGCUGGUCCGACUCCGGAGUCCAGACCUCGCCAAGUCUCCCAGGGAGCCCGGGUCGCACCGCGCGGAGGAGAGCACGGGAGCUUUUCUGAGCACACCAUGCGCGGGUACUCCGCCGCGCGGCCCGUCUACACCGCGGCCUGGGUCACGUGGCCCGGGCGGGUCCGCCGCUGCCCCGGCGUGGGGGCAGGCGCGGGGUCCGGGGCGCGCGGGGUCCGGGGCAGUGGCGAACGGGCGGCGGCCGCCAGGUCUGAGCCCUGCGCGCUGCCCUUGCCCCCGAGCGCGGGAGCCGCCCACUGCCCCCCCCGCGCUAGUCCCGCUGCGGGGCGCCCGCCCUCUAUAUAGCGCGCCCCUGCCCGGCCCGCGCCAGGCAGCCAGCCACGGAGUGGGCGCCGCAGAGCGCACGGCGCCUCGCAGCCAGACCCCUGCCCCCGCCGCCGCCGCUGCCCCGACGGCCUCCCCCUGUCGCGGCUGUUGCCACCGGGGCCCCAAGGCCACCAUGAAGAAGGAGGUGUGCUCCGUGGCCUUCCUCAAGGCUGUGUUCGCCGAGUUCCUGGCCACCCUCAUCUUCGUCUUCUUCGGUCUCGGCUCAGCCCUCAAGUGGCCAUCGGCGCUGCCCUCCAUUCUGCAGAUCUCGAUGGCCUUUGGUCUGGCCAUAGGCACUAUGGCCCAGGCCCUGGGGCCCGUGAGCGGGGGCCACAUCAACCCUGCCAUCACCCUGGCCCUCUUAGUAGGCAACCAGAUUUCACUGCUCCGGGCUGUCUUCUACGUGGCAGCCCAGCUGGUGGGUGCCAUCGCUGGGGCAGGCAUCCUCUAUGGGCUGGUACCGACUAAUGCCCGGGGCAACCUGGCCGUCAACGCGAUCAACAACAACACAUCGCCAGGCCAGGCCGUGGUGGUGGAGCUCAUUCUCACCUUCCAACUGGCACUCUGCAUCUUCUCCUCCACCGACUCCCGCCGCACCAGCCCUGUGGGCUCCCCAGCUCUGUCCAUUGGCCUGUCUGUCACGCUGGGCCACCUUGUGGGGAUCUACUUCACCGGCUGCUCCAUGAACCCAGCCCGCUCUUUUGGCCCGGCAGUGGUCAUGAAUCGGUUCAGCCCCUCACACUGGGUCUUCUGGGUGGGGCCCAUCGUGGGAGCCAUCCUAGCUGCCAUCCUCUACUUCUACCUGCUCUUCCCCACCUCCCUGAGCCUCAGUGAUCGUAUAGCAGUCAUCAAAGGCACCUAUGAGCCCGAGGAGGACUGGGAGGAACAUCGGGAGCGGAAGAAGAGCAUAGAGCUGACUGCCCACUGACCAGUGUCAGACAGGGGCAGCCCCUGAACCACAGAAGAAAACAGAAGAAAGCUAUGAUGACACAACUUUCUUCUCACACAGCUGGUCCUCUUGACUGGGGAGAAGGUGCUGGCUUCCUGGGCUGCACAGUUAGAGAUGGGAGCAGGACCCCAUGAUGAAAUGCUCGGGUGGGGGUCAGUAGCUGGGGUCUGGUGGGAACAGGGUCUCUUUGGGACAGAGCAGAUUGUGCUGCUGGGAGGUCAGACCUCAGAGAUUGUAAGCACAGUGCCAAGCUCGCUGGCUGCCCCAGGGUCAGGCCAGAAAGUGGAGGCUGCUAUCUGCUCCCCACACCUGCAGUCCCUCAAGAGCCAGAGCCAGGCCUUAGGCGUGGAGAGGUGGACACUCCCCCAGAGCUUCUUAGCAAACUGAUUUGUUGAAUGCUACCUUAUUUAUUUCUGGUCAAGGAUGCAUGGGGUGGGACUGCUGGUGUUUGGGUUGGGGGCUUCCUAAUAAACCACUGAUCUUCA